CAUAUCUCACCUCUCUUUCUUCCUGCACUUUUGUAGUGCGCAUACCUUUUCCCUUCAAUCCCUAGCCCCCCUACUGCAAAUAAUCUUCCACAUUGAAGUUGCAGGCCCGUCGGCAAGCGAAUCAAUUGCUUUAUAUGUCAAUGGCGGAAGGCGAGCACAUAGAUCUCGAGAUCAAGGGGCUUAGUCUCAUCGGCGAUGACGCAUCUGAGAACGAUGAUUUCCUUUUCACCCUGUCCCCUUCGCCGCAGCUCAGGCCGACCGAUAAUUGCAAGGAUUUGAACUCAGAAUUGUCCAGAACUGCGUAUGUUCAAGAAGAAAAGGAUAUAAUCAAUAACGGUAACCAGCCCGACAUGUUCCCUGAACUACAUGUAUCAGUGGAGCCAGAAAGAAGCAGAAGGAAAGGAAACUUGAAUUUACGCAAGAGCCUAGCAUGGGACGCUGCUUUCUUUACAGAUGCAGGCGUUCUAGAUCCAGAAGAGUUAUCUUCCAUGGUCAAGGGAGCUGAAAAAAACACACUGCCUAUGAUUGAUGAGAAUGUUGAUAAAUCUACUGAUACAUUAUCAACUCUAGAAAGUGAUAAUGUGCCUCUCGAACAUCUUGAGGCUGAGUUGUUUGCAGACAUUAGAGCAUCAAUACAGAGAUCCAACAAAACCUCUGGUUCCAGGAAAGAAACAUCUCCUGAGGCAGACCCUGCUUCAAAAAAGGCAGAUGCUGCUUCAAGAAAUAUGCCGAAGCCUAAACUCCUUCCUAAAAGAAUCACUGGGACACACACACUGGGGAUGCCAAAGGGCCAGCAGAAACCCACUGAGGGAAUACAAGGCUCUAGGAAAGGUGUAAAACCGGACAUUCCACGUGCUACAAAGAGUGUCACCACUGUCGCCAAAUCUGGGGACUCGACAUCAUCAUCUGCUAAGCUACCAAAAAUGAUGUGUAAGGCCAAUCCCAUCCCGGCACCAAUGGCAAAAAGGGCUUCUUUCAGUGCUAAUCAAAUUAAAAUUGAUCAUGACAGUUCAAAAACAAAUACUGUCUCUGGUAAAGGAAUGCAACCGUCGAAAACAAUUGACUCGAGUAAUGCCACCAAGGUGUUACCAAAACCUACAUUGCCUUCCAAGUCCGCAUCUAUGAGAUUUUCAGCUGCAACCAAGAUGCUGUCCUCAAGAUCUUCAAGUGAUAGUACUACUGGAAGUACUUCAUCUGACAAGGCAGGAAAACCUGCUUUACCUGCUUCCAGAAGGAAGGUGCUUACAAAACAGCCUGUUAGUCAACCUUCUUCUGGAUCAACACUAAAAACUCCAUCAAAGGCCCCAUCGAAGAGCAAAGCGUCGACUGGAAAUUCUGCAGUCUCAGCUUAUAUUAUGUCUUCGAAGAUCAUCAAUUCAAGCAUAUCUCCUGCUAGUUCUAUAAGUGAGUGGUCAUCUGUUUCAGCAUCAUCAUCAUCAUGUUCUAACCUCAAUACCAGGUCAAAUAAGUCGAGGGCUAGUUUUGAUACUAGUUCUUGUAGAUCUUUGGAGAGUGUUGUUACUAGUCAGGACAUCACAAACUGGUCUAGUUCUCAGAUCUCAGAAAAACCAUAUCAUGUAACAUCGCCGAAAGAAAAUCCAAUGAAUGUUCCAACAAAUCCACUAAUGAGACCAUCAGGCCUGCGGAUGCCAUCCCCGAAAAUUGGUUUCUUUGAUGGGGCUAAGUCAGUUCGCACACCCAAUGGGACUAGUAUGCAUUGCCAUCCCAAACAAAGCGCUGCAAUGCCCAAAAUUGGGAAGGCCACUCAACGCAGUCCAAGUGGGAGGUCAGAUAUGAAAUCCAACAAGGUCACUUUAUUGAAUGCCAUUGAUGAUCCAACAUAUAAGAAAUGCUUUCCCAGCUUUGCUCUAGAAGUUCAUCAUAAGCCAAAAGAAGAAACAAUGGAACGUGCACUAGAUGAUGUACUAUUGGAUGCAGUUAAUAGUCAUGGUGGAGACAAAGACAUUCUAAAGAAUGAAAUGUGUGAAAAUGGAAAUGUGAAGGCCAACGUGAUUGACAUCAAGGCCAUUGAAGAGAAGACUUCUCAUUCACUCACAAUGAACACUGAAACCAUGAUAACUGGGCUUGAAGCUAGUAGGAUACCAUUUGCUGACAGGAACUCUGGAAAUGGUAAUUUUCUUGAUUCCUCUCUGGACGCACCCUCCUGGAAUUGAUUACAGAGAAAACAAUAAUUUAUAAAUCAUUUGGAAUUGG